AUGGACGAGAUCGCCAAAGAGUACGAUGUCGUUGUCCUGGGCACCGGUUUGACCGAGUGUAUCCUCUCUGGUGUCCUGAGUGUCAAGGGCAAGAAGGUGCUGCACAUCGACCGAAAUGACCACUAUGGAGGAGAGGCUGCCUCCGUAAACCUCGAGACGCUGUUCAAGAAGUACGGCAACUACGCACAGGGUGAUGAGCCAUGGAAGAAGUACGGCCGGGCCAACGACUGGAAUAUCGACCUGGUGCCCAAGCUCCUGAUGUCGUCUGGCGAACUGACCAACAUCCUCGUGUCCACCGACGUCACCCGCUACCUCGAGUUCAAGCAGGUCGCCGGCAGCUACGUCCAACAGAGCUCCGGCCCCAAGGCCACCAUCGCCAAGGUACCCGCCGAUGCCGGCGAGGCCCUGAAGUCGCCCCUCAUGGGCAUCUUUGAGAAGCGCCGCAUGAAGAGCUUCAUCGAAUGGGUUGGCACUUUCGACCACAACGAUCCCGCUACACACAAGGGUUUCGACUUGAGCAAAUGCACCAUGAAGGAGGUCUACGACAAGUUCGGUCUGGAGGCGGGUACUCGGGACUUCAUCGGCCAUGCUAUGGCCCUGUACCUGACCGACAGCCACAUCGACGCGCCAGGCCAAGCUCCUGAGGCCAUUGAGCGUAUCCGCUUGUACGGAAACUCUGUGUCAAGAUACGGCAAGUCGCCGUACAUCUACCCUCUGUACGGUCUGGGCGAGCUGCCCCAGGGUUUCGCCCGUCUCUCGGCUAUCUACGGUGGUACCUACAUGCUCAACACGCAAGUGGACGAGAUUCAAUACGAAGGAGACAAGGCCGUGGGCAUCAAGGCAACAAUGACCGGCAUCGAGCCCGAGAUGAAGUUUGAAACCAAGGCCAAGAUGAUCUUGGGUGACCCGUCGUACUUCCCCGACAAGGUAAAAGUUGUUGGACAUGUCCUCAAGGCUAUCUGCGUGCUCAAGCACCCCCUGGCUGGCACGAACGAGAACGAUUCUUGCCAGUUGAUCAUCCCCCAGUCCCAGGUUGGGCGUAAGAACGAUAUCUACGUCGCCUGCGUCUCCUCGGCGCACAAUGUGUGCCCCAAGGGAUAUUACAUCGCCAUCGUAUCUACCAUCGCUGAGUCAUCUGCCAACCAUCACUUGGAGCUGCAACCUGGUCUGGACCGUCUGGGAAGGAUCGAGGAGCAAUUCAUGGGCGCCCCUAUCCCGCUUUACGAGCCCAUCACAGACGGCAAAAAAGAGAACAUCUUCAUUUCGAAGAGCUACGAUGCUACAUCGCACUUCGAGACCACCACGGAUGAUGUCAAGGAUAUCUAUGCACGCUGCACCGGCGAGGAGCUGAAGGUUGAGGGAUUGAGAGAAGGACUGCAGGUUUCUGAGUUGUGA